AUGGCAGAAACAGGAUUAGAGGCAUAUAGAUUCUCUAUCUCAUGGUCAAGGCUAAUACCGGAUGGCAGAGGACGUGUUAAUCCCAAGGGUUUGGAAUACUACAACAAUCUAAUCAAUGAGCUCAUCAAUCACGGGAUCCAACCACAUGUUACAUUAAUGCACUUAGAUACACCACAGGCGUUGGAGGAUGAAUAUGGAGGAUUUAUCAAUGUGAGGAUUAUAGAAGAUUUCACUGCAUAUGCUGAUCUUUGCUUUAGAGAAUUCGGGGACAGAGUUCUUUAUUGGACAACUAUCAAUGAGGCCAAUAUAUUUGUUUUAGGGGGUUAUGAUAUUGGUAAUUCACCUCCUGGUAGAUGCUCUAACCCUUUCGGAGUUAAUUGCACGAAAGGAGACUCAACAACUGAGCCAUAUCUUGCUGCUCAUAACAUGUUGCUUGCUCAUGCAUCAGCUGCUUCACUUUACAAGGAGAAGUAUCAGGCUAAACAACUCGGCCAAAUAGGGUUCAGUCUCUAUACCUACCAUCAUAUUCCUUCAACAGAUUCGACUGAAGAUGUGAUUGCAACACAGAGAGCUCGUGAAUUUUCUAUUGGCUGGUUCAUGCAUCCCUUAAUGUAUGGAGAUUACCCGAGAAUAAUGAAGGAAAAUGCUGGCUUCCGGAUUCCUGUUUUCACCAAAAAACAAUCGGAUUUGGUGAAAGGAUCAUUCGACUUUAUUGCAGUAAAUUACUACACUGCUAUGUUGAUCUCACACACAAACCUUACCCCGGAGCCAAGGGAUUAUCUAGCUGACACGGCAAUAAAAAGUGUCUAUUAUAAUUAUACAAGUGAUUCACCAACUGAAGUGACUACGUUCCCAAAUAUACCAUGGGCUCUGCAAGGACUUUUGGAAUAUUUCAAAGAUGUUUACAAUAAUCCUAAGAUUUAUAUAUAUGAAUAUGGUCAAGUGACAGAGCAUCGUACCACAGUAUAUGAUUUAUCGAGAGUAGAGUAUUUGCAAGCUCAUAUUGGAGGUGUGCUCGACGCUGUGAGAAAUGGAUCGAAUACAAAAGGGUACUUUGUUUGGUCAUUUGUGGAUCUAUUCGAGGUGUUAUACGGCUACAAAUACAGCUUUGGUCUGUACUAUGUUGAUUUUCAUGAUCCAAAACGGACCAGGUAUGCUAAGCUGUCUCAGAGAUGGUACUCAGCAUUCUUAAACGGGAAAAAUGUAUCUGUAAAUGAUGAAGGCAACCAACCACGAAAAAGGUCGACCAUCUUUAGGACUACUCCGGAAUUGGAUGAUGGGUUUUGGAGUUAAGGUCUCUAUACUUUGGACUACUUAAGUUUCCUUUGUAUUUUUAAUUUCAAUCACCCUUAGUAGAGAACUAGCUCGUGGUGAACUAUGAGA